AGUGCAUUCCUUCGUGAAGCAUACCGCCGAUUAACUGGGGAUUCUGCGGCUGCACGGAACUUGUCCGAGAAGGAAGUUGGCAGUCGGAUACAAGAGGUACUGGAUCACGAGGAUCCUGACAUCUUGUGGGACUUGAGAGUAAACAACACUGGACGACCGGAAGACUAUCCACUUUUCCUGCAGAAGUGCCAGGAUUAUAUAAAAGGCAAGGUAGAGACGGCAGUAGAUGAUAGACGACACGAUAAUGUCACUGAGAAUGGGGAAAGUGUGGUUCAUCUGGCUAUGGCAAUGAAUGCUCGAGACUUGCAUGAACAGGUCAAGGAACAGUGCCCUGAAGGAACACCAAUACCAUCCAUUCAAUGGCUCCGGUUGCAGUUCUGGCCAAGUAAGGCAUGUGCAGCUAGCAAAAGACACACAGGACGACUGAAAGUCAAAAUGGUUGUUGCAGCACGCCAGUUUAGAAAGAGUCAUGUAGAUGUCCACUAUGCAUCAGCUGUAUUUAGAUACCAGAAAGAAUUUUGUGUGCAGUUCCAGGAUAUUGCAACCCUUGUGUGCGAAGAUGACAAGCAUACCAUCAAAGUAGGGGAGCCUGGCUUUCCAGUAGCUGCUGUAGAGCGGGGCAAGCGUGUCAUUGUCGGCUUGAAACAGUCUUUCGAAGUUGGUGACCAUGACUUUACCAAGUUUUCAUUAUCUCCUUCCGUCUCACUAGUUGUAGAGAUCCCGGAUUCCAUAGAUGGAAGUUUCUAUGAUGGCCAAGUGUAUGUUGGUCUCAAAGACAAUGUCUUUGAACCUUCAUCUGCUCUUCGACAUGCAUGUGAAUUGAAUACUUGCCUGAAUACUUCAGAUCAGGACAAACCAGUAGAAUGUCACUAUCACGACGGUGGAUCCGAUCACAACUUACGUUUUCUUAGAACGCAACUUAGUCAAGUGGCAUACUUUCUGGAGCGAGAUUUAGACAUGCUUAUACUGGUGCAGACACCUCCACAACACUCAUGGAAGAAUCCUACAGAGCGAGUCAUGUCUAAUCUCAAUUUAGCUUUACAAGGUGUGGGUGUCAUGAGGACAGAAACAGAAACACAGGAGGGCGCACUGAAAUCUGCUAACAAUUUGAAAAAAAAUAGGAAAGUAGCGGAAAAAAUCCAAGUGCUCAACAUGAAACCUCUGACUCGCUUGAACAGCCCAAGAUCCUUCUGAGUUCUCAGUUUAAGAGAUGCCAACUCAAGGGGAAAGACUUCCAAGUGUUUACUGCUGCCACUAAAGAGGGCAUCACAAAGACGGCUUCACAACUUCACAAGAUAGACCCAGGCUUCAAUUUAGAUGUGCUAAUAGAUACGUCCAAGCCUUGCAAGAUUUCAAAGAAGCUAAAAAAAAUCAUGGAUAGUCAUACUCGGAAAGGCCACUAUCAAUUUAGCAUAAAAAAGUGCAAAGAAGAGAAUUGCGCUUGCAGAAUUCCCAGAACACAACCUGAUUUGUUUGACAAGCUCCACCACUUACCUUAUCCGAUUCCACAUAGAGAUCAUUACAAAUCAUUUCAGGUAUGCUCAAAUGAAAUUGCACCACUCACUGCAUCUACUACAAAAACCGAAAGAUGUGUAUUUUAUAAACGUUGUACUUGUGUAUUUUAGGAAUUGUAUGGAAAAGAUGAUGAUAGCAAUGAAGAGAAGCACGUACCGUCUAACCAGCUGAAAGCUGCUGCCCGUCAUCGGAUGCCUUUUUCACCAUCCUCCCAUAAGUCCAACAAUGCGAAGACUGUUAUUCAGGUAAAUUUGGACUAAUGUUAAACCUAUUUGCUGUCGUUAGAGUAGAGAACCGUGUUGUGUUCUAAAAUAUCAGUGCAAUUAACUUGUAUAAUCUAUUUAAAUUUGUUUUCUUUAUCCAGUGUGAUGACUGUUUGAAGUGGAGAGUGUGUUACGCAAGCCAUAUGCAUGUACUAAAGAAGAAUCAGAAACGUGAGCUGGAAAGCGCGCUGGACAACAUCGCGUACUCUUGUGGAUCUUGCUUUCAAGAUAUCAAAGACUACCAGGGUGGAAUCUUUGAGCAUGUUUACGUGAAUGACAAGCUUACUUGUGCCUCACCUAUGGAAACUCCAUACUACGUCACGUUUUCAGAUCCUUUAUGUUACUACUGUGGAAGCGAACAUGAUCUGACGUCAACUCCCGAAACGUACCCAAUAUGUGGUGGAUGUAAAGAACUGGGAAACAUUGUCAAGAACAGAAUUAAGCGUACCUUCGUUCCAAACGAAAAGUAG